AUCAGCAUUUAUGCUUAGUUUACGUAAAUAAGUUAUAUAAAUGAAGAAGUUGGAGGAUAUGUAAGGAUCCAGAUUAUAUUGAUGGAUUCGACAUAACAAUUUUCAUGCAAGAUCAAUCAUGUUACGUAAUAUACUUACAUGUUUCCGUUCUCGCGAGGUUUGGUCAAUGGAAGUGUCAGUGUCAACAACGGACAGGCAGCUCAGUAGCACUGUCCGGAGCAGGGAGGGGGGAGUGAAGAGGCAGUUUAAACGUCAGAACAUUCAUCUGAGAUGGGGGAUGACCGACCCUUUGUCUGCACUGCCCCUGGCUGUGGGCAGAGAUUUACAAAUGAAGACCACCUGUCGGUCCACAAACACAAGCAUGAAAUGACUUUAAAAUUUGGUCCUGCCAGGACUGACUCUGUUAUCAUUGCAGACCAGACUCCCACCCCCACACGUUUCUUGAAAAACUGUGAGGAGGUCGGUCUAUUCAAUGAGCUGGCCGGCUCCUUUGAACAGGAGUUUUGCAAAGCACAGGACGAUGAGCAUAGGACAAAACACCCUGCUGCACCAUUACAAACACCAUCUGAAGCAAAAGAAGAGGACGAGGGCCCUUUACAAGUUGAUUCAUCCCCUCCUGGAAGUCCAGAUUCUUCAUCCAGCAUGUCUGACAACAGCAGAAGCUCAAGGGAAAUUCUCACAAAGCCUCUAGCAACCUCAGCUCCCACUCCAACUAUUGUGCGUCCAGGUUCUCUUCCCCUUCACUUAAGUAAUGACCCACUACACCCAACUCUGCCGUCACCAACUUCUGUGAUCACGCAAGCGCCGCCCUCCAACAGACAGCUUGGCUCCCCCACAAGUGCAUAUCCACUGAUGAGGCACCUCCCUAAUGGGCAGACAGUUCCUCUUUUGCCCAGUCCUGUACAGAUGACCUCAGUUAUAUCUCUUGCAAGGCCAGUAAACACAGUGCCUAACAUCCCUGGGAUUCCAGGACCCCCUGUUGGAGGGACUAGCAGUGGUUCUUCCUCCCCAUCUGGAUAUGGCCUUCAUUCUGAGACCAAGAUGCGGCUGAAGGCGGCUCUCUCUCAUCAAGGCCCAGCAGCACAAGAUGGAGUAGGUAGUGGCUCAGGAACCAUCCCUGCUGUCCCCCAGCGGCAGGAGCAGAGCCAGCAGCCAACUCAAAACUCUGACGCACCAUCACCUGCCCAACCACAGGUGUCCCCUGCUCAGCCAACAGGGGGUCGCCGGCGGCGGGCAUCAGAGAUGGACCCUGAUGAAAGGAGGCAGCGUUUUCUGGAGAGAAACCGGGCUGCUGCCUCCCGAUGCAGACAGAAACGAAAACUAUGGGUUAACUCUUUGGAGAAAAAGGCAGAGGAUCUCGCAAACAUGAAUGUCUCCCUAACGAAUGAAGUAACUCUACUGAGGAAUGAGGUGGCACAGCUGAAGCAACUCCUCCUUGCUCAUAAAGACUGCCCCGUCACUGUGAUGCAGAAAAAAGCAGCCUACUUAGCUGCAGGAGGAGAAGAAGCCUCCAGGGAUGCUUCGGCUGAACCCAUCGGCUCCCCAGCGGCUGUUAUUCAGCACAGGCCGUCACCACCCGCCUCAGCUUCAAGCCCAGGGACCACUAUCAACGGGCUGAGUGUUCGGGCUGCAGAGGCAGUGGCCAUGUCAGUCUUGGCAGGCAUGGGGUCCGGUCAGCCUGGAGGGGUUGUCAUGGCAAUGCAGUCACAGCCAGCCCCAAGAUGAUGUGCAGACAACGGCAGCCAGAAUGAACUUGAAAGACAUUUGGAGGCCGGACUGGUGCAAAAUGUUUUCCUAAAGAGGGACCUGCCCUCAAUCCACACCCCAGACUUAAGAUGACCUCUCCCCUCACAGCCUACAGUAAUCACACAAAGACGUGGCCCAGCGUCUCUAUCUACCCUCCACUCACAGCAGGCACCCUUUUUCAAAGAAGCUUGGUCACUCUGCUCAUGUAAAUAUGAAUAACACGUCAAACACUCUGCAGGGUUCAGGGGCAUCUCUUAUUCAGUUAUGAGUGUUUGAAAAGGUUUCAGGAUUGGAAGAAAAUAUGAAUGAAAAAUCUCACCAGUCAGUAAUCAGUUAUUUUCAUGUCACUUAAAAAAGCAGCAACAGUCCAGUUUCUACCCACACUGGCUGUGAUGACGUCUGUUUCUUUCCUUUUCAGUAAAAGGCACCCUGGAAUUUUUUUUUCUUUUUUGUGCAUCUACUUUUUAGCCAGUCCUUUACUUUUUUUUUUUUUU